AUGUUUAUUUCUCAACGAACAGUUGCGAAGUGUUUUGCUCUCUUGUGGGUCUGUGUAAUAACUUUAAUGACCCUCUUCAGUUCAAAGCUGUUAUCUUUGUUUAAGUGUCGUAAUGAAGAACGCCAGGAUUUCGCGACUGCGGCGUCGACAAAAGUUUACGAGGAGCCGAGAAGAGACCACGUGGAUCGUUAUACGCCGUUUAUUUUCGUAGGUGGUUUCCCCAGGAGUGGAACAACGUUGAUGCGGGCCAUGUUGGAUGCACAUCCGGAUAUCAGAUGCGGACAAGAAACAAGGGUCAUUCCAAAAAUUCUGCUUAAUAUUCCCAGAAUGUUGAAUGUGUUCAGCGAAGCUGAAACUACCCGUCGAGAAGAAGCUGGCGUAACCCAAGACCUCUUAGAUUCUGCAGUUGCGGCUCUCAUAGCAGAGAUUAUAGCAAAGCACGGCGAUCCAGCUCCAAGAUUAUGCAAUAAAGACCCUCUAACCUUCAGGAAUCUUAGUUAUUUAGCCAGACUGUUUCCUAAAGCAAAGUUCAUUUUCAUGAUUCGAGACGGUCGUGCAGUGCUCAACUCUAUCAUAGAAAGAAAAAUUGGAAUUAGAGGGUUGUACAGGCCUCGCAGUAUUGAAAAUUACGACCUUGAAGUUUUGCUAAGAUCUUGGAAUGUGGCAGUGAGAAAUAUGAAUGCACAAUGCGAAGUGCUGGGGAAAGAUAGAUGUCUGAGAAUUCCUUAUGAACAUCUGGUAUUGUUUCCAUCGCAGAGUAUGAAAAUUGUCUUAGAAUUUUUACAUGUUAUUUGGAACGAUGUGGUUUUGCACCAUCAAACUGAAAUAGGAAAACCUGGCGGAGUUAUUCUUUCACGGUAAGCUUCAGCUGUAAUUAUAAUUCAAUUCUUCCCCUUCCCCAAAAAAGUAAUAAAUAAUAAUAAUAAUAAUGAGGGAGAACGUUUAUGUGUUGGCAUUAUGAUAUUUGCAAAUCUCGUUCAUGUCUACGAGCAUGAAACUUAUAAAUGAUGUACAAUAAUGAUGACGAUGAUUAGGAUGAUUUAAAUCAAUGAUGAUGAUGAUGAUGAUGAUGAUGAUGAUGAUGAUGAAACAUUGGCAUAAACGGCUCCCAUCCAAAUUCAAAGUAGACAGACUGCAAAUUAUAGUAGUUGCUAAAAAAUAUAUCUAGAUGUCCCAACUGUUCAUCAGUAGGAUGCCUAAAAUGCGUGCAAUUCAACAAUUGGUUUUGGCUCCAUUAAAUCCUAUAUACCAGUUGCAGAACAUUUUAGGAGGAGCCACCCACUGUGUGAGCACAUUCGCGGACAACACAUAUAAAUGAGGAAAAUAACGCAAAGCAAAACCAAGACGUUAGUAAACGAACUAAAUGUACACGCAACUUAAGUAAAUAAAUAAUGCACGAGCCCAAAAUAGAUGGGAUGGUAGAUUUAGGCGGAUGCCUAUUUACUGCUUCAAAAAGUAGACACGUUCUUGUCUUUACACUACUUUAAUGCUGACAUCAAUGUAUUUCUUUUCUUGCUACAGCCUUGAGAAGUCAACCGAUCAAGUCAAAGAACCUAUAAAUGUUAACGCUCUGUACAAGUGGUGCCACAAGUUACCGCCUGCCUUGCUGGAGCAUACGGACAGAAUUGCCCCUAUCAUGAAACAGCUGGGCUAUGAUACUUGGAAAAAAAGGCCUGAUUAUAGCAAAAUGAUGUCUAUUGUAACGAAAUAA